AAAAAAAAUUAAAUGUAGCUUAGAUAGAGAUGCUUGAAAAGUGUGAUGAUCUCAAAAUUCACAACACAAUUUCAUCGUUAUUCUCGGCAACGUUAACCUAAAGACGGAGUUAGGUUAGUUCUUAAUGGCUGCUACAUCUGGGAUAGCUUUAGAGGAAACACAAGUGUCUUCCAGUGACGAGAUCAAUCCGAGGCUGGAUGUCUAUGUGUGGGACAUGGAUGAGACCCUUAUACUUCUCAAUUCCUUGCUGAAAUCAUCGUAUGCCGAGGCUUUUAACGGUCUGAAGGAUGUGCAGAAAGGUGUCGAGCUUGGGAGGAUGUGGGAAAAUCUCAUUCUGCAAUUGUGUGAUGAUAAUUUCUUCUACGACCAAAUUGAGAAUUACAAUAAGCCGUUUCUUGAUGUUAUGUCCAAAUAUGAUGAUGGGAGGGACCUAUCUGAUUAUGACUUCAACAAAGAUGAAUUAGGCCCCCCACAUGAUGAUGUCAACAAAAGAAAACUUGCGUAUAGGCAUCGAGUUAUAGCCCAAAAAUACUUGCAGGGUUUACAUAAUAUUUUAGAUCGUGAGACAAUAAAAGCAUGGGAUGAUUUGUAUAGUAAAACUGAUGAAUAUACUGACAAAUGGCUUUCAUCAGCACGGGCCUUUUUGGAAGAGUGUUCCGAUGAAAAGAAAGAUGUGGUUUCUUCCACCGCUUAUGGUAACACAAGCACUGACUCAACUAAUGCAAAACAUCAGCGUGUAAAUGUUCUGGUGACAUCUGGAUCGUUGAUACCAUCUCUGGUAAAAUGCAUACUCUUUCAUCUCGACAGCUUAAUAACACAUGAAAAUGUGUAUAGUUCCUGGGAUGUGGGGAAAACUCAAUGUUUUCGAUGGAUCAAGGAGCGUUUCAACCAUCCCAAUGUUCGCUUUUGUGUAAUUGGAGAUGGAUGGGAAGAAUGUGAAGCUGCAGAAAUCAUGAGAUGGCCAUUUAUUAAGAUUGACCCCCGGCCAGGAAAACCUCAUAGGUUCCCUGGUCUCACAUCCAAAACAGUUGGCCACUAUUUUUCUGUGGUUUAUCCAAACAACAAGAAUGAUGAAGAAUGACGACUCUUCAUGUUAUCUCACCCUUUUCCAGGAAAGAAAAAGCAGCAGCUAGACAGAUAUUACGCUGUCAAGUGUAUAAAUCGCUUCCAUGUGAUGCCUGUCACAACUUAGGUUUUUUUAUAUACACUUAGAUUUUAACUGCUCCUAUGAGAGUUGACAUCAGUUUGAAUUAUUUUCCUAUGCCAUGGGUGAGUGAUUACAAGUUAAGAUGUAGAUGUUGACAGUUGAAUGAAUGUAGAGAUCAUUUACAUCUUCUUAUGUACAUAAGAUGUUUUGAAAUAAUAUCUAUGAACUUCUCUAGGCUACCAUUUGGCAGUA